GGGCUGGUUGGUYGGUAUCUGUCGGUGUGGUGUGUGCGGUCGGACUGCUGUGGUUGUGUUUCACGUCUGGCCGCCUUGAUAACGACACACUUAGAGCGCGUUUAAUCGAGAUGGGAAUUCUGAAGACACCAUGGCUCUGAAACGAAUUGCCCUAACGCUGCUGGCCCUGUUCGGGUCGGCGGAUGUCGGUGAUGCUUUACGUUGUAACUGCACAAACUGUGUGACAUCCGGCUACGAGUGUGAGACGGAUGGCGCCUGCAUGGCCUCUACCUACAUGCUGGAUGGGAAGGAAGAGAACGUGCGUGUCUGCAUCAGCCAAGACAGUCUGGUCCCUGCUGGACACCCCAUCUACUGUCUCAGCGCCGAAGGCUACAUGAACACUCACUGCUGCUACGUCGAUUACUGCAACAGCAUUGACUUGAAAGUUCCAGUGUCAACGAGCGGACCCUCGUCGAGUCCUGGAAGCUCGCUGGGACUAGUGGAGCUGGUGGCGAUCAUCGCAGUCCCCGUGUUCCUGCUCGCCGUGUUCCUUUUGAUUGGCGUGUUUUGGUUUUGCCAUCACCAGAGAGCUUACAGCCACAGACAGAGGCUGGAGGUGGAGGACCCUUCCUGUGACCAUCUGUAUCUGGCCAAGGACAAGACCCUGCAGGACCUUAUUUAUGACUUGUCCACAUCAGGGUCAGGAUCAGGAUUGCCCCUGUUCGUGCAGCGUACGGUGGCCAGGACCAUCGUGCUGCAGGAGAUCAUAGGAAAAGGACGUUUUGGGGAGGUGUGGCGAGGGAAGUGGAGAGGAGGAGAUGUGGCUGUGAAGAUCUUCUCCUCCAGAGAGGAGCGCUCCUGGUUCAGAGAAGCUGAAAUCUACCAGACAAUCAUGCUUCGGCAUGAAAACAUUCUGGGUUUCAUUGCAGCAGACAAUAAAGACAAUGGAACGUGGACACAGCUGUGGCUGGUGUCAGACUAUCAUGAGCACGGCUCUCUUUUUGACUACCUGAACCGCUACUCCGUCACCAUCGAGGGUAUGAUCAAACUGGCGCUGUCAGCUGCGAGCGGCCUGGCACACCUGCACAUGGAGAUCCUCGGCACUCAGGGUAAGCCAGGCAUCGCUCACCGUGACCUCAAGUCUAAAAAUAUCCUCGUUAAGAAGAACGGCACGUGCGCUAUAGCUGACCUCGGGCUGGCAGUCCGCCACGAGUCCAUCACAGACACGAUCGAUAUAGCUCCGAACCAGCGUGUGGGCACUAAGAGGUAUAUGGCCCCUGAAGUCCUGGACGAAACCAUCAACAUGAAACAUUUCGAUUCCUUUAAGUGCGCAGACAUUUAUGCUCUCGGCCUGGUGUACUGGGAGAUCGCGCGUCGCUGCAACACAGGAAGUAUUCACGAGGAGUACCAGCUGCCCUACUACGACCUCGUGCCCUCUGACCCCUCCAUAGAGGAGAUGAGGAAGGUGGUCUGUGACCAGAAACUGAGGCCCAACGUGCCCAACUGGUGGCAGAGCUACGAGUCUCUGCGCGUGAUGGGGAAGAUCAUGCGGGAGUGCUGGUACGCCAACGGAGCGGCCAGGCUGACGGCCCUGCGCAUCAAGAAGACUCUGUCCCAGCUCAGCGUGGAGGAGGACGUCAAGAUGUGAAGCGGAGCGAAACGGACGACGYGCCGGAGACGCACAAAAACCGGAUCACACUCCCACAUAGGAAACGAACACUGGAAGACGAGACUGCAAGUGAAAACCCUGCCAGUUUUAAAGCCACACUCCAAGUUGUGACAAGGCCUACCUCACCUUUUUAGCCAAAACUACUGAAAACUCACCCUCCCCUCCUCCACAUUCAUCCUAUAACUCCUCGUGUCUCAACUCCUCAACACUCAUCUCCACAGGCAGCAUCACGACAGCCCUACAGUUGUUAAUAUCAUAACACUCCCACGUUUGUUUGUUUUUCUUCUUUUUCUUUUCCCAGGGCAGGAAUUACUACUAAUGUACAGUGACACUAUUAUUAUUAUUAUUAUUAUUAUUAUUAUUAUUAUUAUGUGACAAACUAAGCGUUUCCAGACAAGUCGUGGAAUUUGAAAUUACUGCCUCACAUUCUUCUGCAAUAUCUCUGUUGCUGUGAGGGGGAGGAGAGAGAGGCUGUUUUGUGUGUGUUUGUGUGUAAAAGGUGUCUGAACUACUAGCAUGUUUCUAAGAUGUUAAGGUGUCUUCUGGUUUACGCUGUAGUUCAUUAGACGAAGCGGAUCAGUAAUUUGGUCUUUUAAGCAUGAACAGCCGACCUUUGUUCCCCGCUUGAACGUAAACCGCAAACAAAAAUGAGCUGCACUCGUUUGUAGCUCCCUCGCGUGUGUGUGUUGUGUCUGCGCGUGUGUGUGUGUGUGUGCCCUGCAGUUGUCACACGAUGGAUGUCCUGGUGGUUUGUUUGAAACAUGGCAGGGAAAGAAAAAACAUAAAACGUUUGGGAUGGUUUUAUUCUUAUUUUUUUAAUUUAUUUGUUGAUAGUUUGUUUCUUAUUGAUGAACACUGUGAGAUGAGGUGCAACGGACUGGAAUCUAGAAAUGACAUACAUUUACAUGUUUUGUUUUUGAUCAGACGUCCGAUUUUAAAGUGGGGUUUUGCCAUCAUUUAGUGCGAUAGUUUGAAGACGAAUGUAGCCAUGACCCUUGUUGGUGGCAAAACCUUGCACACUGAGCAAAAAAAAAAAACUGAGCGUAAGAAAUGGCAAUGGUAAAUCUUUUUUUGUUUUGUUUUGAAAAACURUAUUUUUGUGUAAAGAGGUCAUAAUGGCCUUUCUUUUUACUUUGACAUUAGACACUACUGAUGAUGGGUACAUCUUGUUUUUAUUUCUGUGUAAAAAUAUUCACCCUCCCCUCCAUUAAACGCCACAAUCUUCAGUGUGACAUUUGAACGGUGAAUUUGCUUGAACGGUACUGUCACAGGUCUUUUUUGUAUGCAUUGUUUUUAACUGUGCAUAUGAAAAAACUACCAAGUUUAUUAUAUUUUAUUAUUAUUAUUUUAUUGCUCCUUUUAUUGCAGUUUGGUGGUACUACUGAUCCCCGACUUUUACACCCAAGUCUCUGUGUUUGGCCUCUGUGGUGACCUUUCCUUCUUAUUAACACUGGAAUACAUAGGAGCAUUGUGUCAACUCUACACACUACCACUGGCUAUUUCUUUAUUUUUAUCCUACUUUUAUUUUCCCCCAGAAACUGACAGUUAAAAUGUAAAAUGCAGAGAAGUUUAAGCUUCAGACAGUGAUGUAGCUGAGCGAAAAAUGCAUGUUUUAAUCCUGGUUCUGCAGCUCCCAGUCUUAUUGCAGACAACUUUAAUGAAAGUAUUACACUGAUAUUUGUCACCUUUUGGGCUCUGCACUGUUAUGUCCUAAAGGGGUUACUUAGUUAAAUGUUAGCAAAGCCAUUCAGAAUCCAUGUGUCAUGUUUAAAAUCCCUUUUUGCAUGCUGUCUCAAACACUGGGUUGUCUGCACUGUUUUCCAUCUCCUACAAAUUGAUUUUAUGUCCUUUUUUUUUUUUUUUGUCCUUUUUUUAUAACCCAGAAUAUUUGCUGCUACUGUUAACAUGGGUAGAAGUGUAGUGGAUACAAAAGAUGGGAGUGGAAGACUUCUGUCAGGUUGAAACCAAAAUUGUCCAAGAAAACAAACAAAAAAACACUCCUGUCCUUGUUUGGUUUGUUGCCAUGGGUAUUUGAUCAUCAUAGGUAAAACUUCAAGAAUUUAAAAGGUAAUAAUUAUGUGCAGUUUUUUUUCUGAAUUAGUUCAAGUGUAUAUAGGCGUAAACAAUAAAUUCCUCUUUUUCUUA